AUGUCUGGGGGCUGGGGCCGGGAUAUGAUGGACUACGGAGGCGGCGGGGCCGGCAUGUCCGGAGGGGGCGGCCGGGGAGGCGGGAGCGGCGGCCGCAUCUACGUGGGCAACCUGCCGGCCGACGUGCGCGAGAAGGACCUGGAGGAGCUUUUCUACAAGUACGGCCGCAUCCGUGACAUCGAGCUGAAGAGCAAGCGCGGGCUCGCCCCCUUCGCCUUCGUCCGCUUCGAGGACCCCCGAGAUGCAGAAGAUGCAGUUUAUGGGAGGAAUGGCUAUGAUUAUGGUCACUGUCGCCUACGCGUUGAGUUUCCCAAACCUUCCAGAGGACGGGGUGGAGGCUUUGGUGGGGGGCCUCGUGGGAGGAAUGGCCCUCCUUCACGGCGUUCCGAAUUCCGAGUCCUUGUUUCAGGGUGA